AUGGAUGAUCCAUUAUCACCCAGUAACAUAAACCCAUCAUGGUCCGAUACACCCACAUCAUCAUCAUCGUUCAGUACUACUCAUACCCAAUCUCAAUCUCAGCACUUGAAUUCACCUCACACCCAAACUCAACAUACUCCACCGCCGACAUCGACAUCAAAUGAUACGUUCAGUAGAGAACCAAAAGUAUUCGGUGCACCUGGUCUAGGACUAGUUUCACCUCAUCCUCCCCCGUCUUCUUCAUCUUCUACGUACGAAGAUACUCAGUCAACUCGAAAUGCGAAUGUGAAUGGAAAUGGAACUACUACACGCAAAGAAGCUCCUAACAGUUUUCUUAGAGUCAGAAUAGGUGGCUUAGAGAGGAAUAGGAAAGAUCUUCUAAUUCGAUUCGAUGCUAGUACAAAUUUACCAAAUUUCAGAACUUCAAUGUAUAGGAAUAUGCAAAGGAGUUAUGUUGAAUUUCAGAAAUUCGCUGAACAAGCUCAAUUAUGUUGUCCUCAAACUAUCAUACCUGCUCUGCCAUUACCUUCAACUUCUGCUGUAACCGAUGAAGAAGAUGAUCGAUUGGUCAGGAUCGCAUUGCAAAGAUGGUUCACCAGGAUAUGCGAAGAUCCAGUGUUGACCAAAGACGAUGAAUUGAGAUCGUUCAUUGAAUCUGAUUUUGGGUACUCUCCCGUCCCACCUCCAUCAGCACGUAAAUCAUCAGCAGCAUCAGCAGCUACCGGAGUGUUCUCAGCUGCCUUAUCAAAAGUAGUUAGAAGAGGUCCCUUGGAUGAAGAUGAUGAAUUACAAAGUGCUAAGACGGCUUUGGAUAAACUGGAAGAAAGAUGGGGUUCAGCAGCUACUUCUAUUAGUAACGUUGGCAAAUCCAGAAGGGCUUUUGCAGUAUCAAAUGCUGAUGUUGGAGCUAAAUUGAUUUCUUUAUCAACUGUCGAAUCAGACAUGCAUCUAGCUUCAGCAGAAAGGAAAUUCGGCAGAACGUGGGAACAUCUAUCAGGAAUGCUGGGUGCUCAAGCCGCUUCUGAAAAUGUCAUUUUAAGCGAUUCAUUAGGGUAUCAAGCAUUGAACGCCAGAGCGGCGAAAGAGGCCUUGGUCCAGCGUACCACGCUACUUGAGGACUCUCAAACGGCGACUAAAACAGCGAUAAACAAAAGAAGGAAUGUUGAAAGGUUAAAAGGUAGUUCAAAAAUCGAUCCUGUCAAAGUCGAUGAUGCACUACAUGAGAUGGAGGAGGCAAAUACACUCGAAACAUCCCUUUCAAAUCGAUUAAAUGCCAUAUCACAGAAUUUGCAUUUAGCAAUUAGAUCACAUUCGAAACAUGCUCAUGAAGAUAUAACGAUAGCUUUAUUAGAAGCUUCAAGGAUGAGUGUAAUGUAUCAUAAACAACAUUUAAGAGAAUUAGAAUCAUUAAAACCUGAUUUGAACAAGAUUGGUACUUCAGCUACUAUCAUUUCGACGCCAACCGCUUCGGCAUCAUCCAAAAAUGUAAGCGUUACUACACCGAAAAGAUCAGAUGUAGGGUUGCCACCACAGCCAGCGUUCCAACAACCAGUGCAACAAGGUCAGGCUCGAGUCAUAUCUCAAUCAAGACAACAACAACAACAAUCACAGCAACAACAACAACAACAACCCCCACCCAUGGCUGGAAUGAUUCAAGGUUACGCACCUGUACCACCUAUUGGUCCAGGCAAAUUCCCUCUCAACCAAUCCUCAAAUCAACCUGCUUUUAAUCAACGACAACAACAGCCCCAAGCAUCGUUCAUUCCCCAGCAGCAGCAACAGCAGCAGUACUCUCAACAACCUCGUCCACCCUACCAACAACAACAACAGAUUCCUCAACCUUAUCAGCAACAACAAUCUCGUCCUGGACAAAUGCCAGGUUACAUCCAACCACAACAAUCAUCACAGGGAUACAAUCAACAACCUCCCUUCCCUCAACAAGGCCAAUCGUAUUCUCAGAACCAACAACAAUCCAGGGGAUAUCUGAAUCGACCACCGCAGCCAUCGGGGCCAGGUUACAUGGAUGGAUCCAAAUCUAUGUUCUUGCCUCCUUCUUCCCAAAGUCAUCUUCAACGACCGAAUUCAGCAGGACCUCCACCGUUACACCAACAAGGCCAAAUCGAUCCUCUAGGUGGAGGCAUGAUGUCUCAAAGUAUGAUGUUACCUUCGAACGGAAGAGGUACACCUCAAAGCAUGGGCGGUAGACCUCAAAGAAAGCUGGAUGAGAGACAGGUUGCAAGAAUGUUAGCUGGUGGUUUUUAG